AUGUUGUGGGAAUCUCAGUGCACUAUCAAGCAAUCAGCGAUAACGAUGAAAAGAGGGCAGAAUAGGCAGAACCUGAUGCGGUCUCUGCUGAUCUUCUAUACUCUAUUCAACACCGCCCAAACGUUGAAAAUCCUUGUCUAUUCUGCUCCAUUAGGUUUCUCUCAUAUGCAAUUCAUGGGCGCAAUCGCUGAUGUCCUUCAAGAAGCCGGCCAUGACGUGACAGUACUACAUCCUGUGGAUCAACCAAGCCUUCUGCAUGCUGUUUCAAAGAAAUCAAAACGGGGGUUCCCUAUCGAGGGCAGUUUCCAUAGGUGA